UCUGCUCACAAAAAAGAAAACCAACUCAUCCCAUUUGUUCAUUUCAACAACACUCUUAUUGAUCAAAAUACUUCCUUACCAAUCUCUAAUUUUCCUUUCUUUUCCACAGAAUCAGAUUUUUUUCCCCUUCUUUUUCUGAUCCUAAACUAAACCAACCAUGGUGGUCUUGUCCAAACCAGCAAUCGAACAGUUUUGUGUUGUGAAACCCAGCAAACCCACAACAUUACUUCAUGCUAUUCCCCUCAUAGACCUCUCAAAACCAGACUCAAAGAACCUACUACUUAAGGCAUGCGAAGAAUUCGGGUUCUUCAAGGUGAUCAAUCAUGGCGUCCCAAUUGAUUUCAUAAGCAAAUUGGAAUCACAUGCCAUCAAAUUCUUCUCCUUGCCUCUCUCCGAAAAAGAAAGAGCAGGCCCUCCUGACCCUUUUGGGUAUGGAAACAAGUGCAUUGGACCUAACGGUGAUGUCGGCUGGGUUGAAUAUCUUCUCUUAACCACUAACCCUGAAUUCAAUUAUCAAAAACUUGCUUCAAUUUGUGGUGAAAACCCACAAACAUUUCGUUGUGCAGUGAAUGAUUAUGUAUCAGCAGUGAAGAACAUGGCCUGUGAGAUUCUUGAAGUGAUGGCUGAAGGGUUGAAGAUUCAACAGAGAAAUGUGUUCAGUAAGCUUUUGAAGGAUGAACAGAGUGACUCUGUUUUUAGGGUCAAUCACUACCCUCCAUGCCCUGAGCUCCAGGAAUUGAAUGGUAGGAAUUUGAUUGGAUUUGGAGCACACACUGACCCACAAAUCAUAUCUGUUUUGAGGUCUAACAAUACCUCUGGCCUUCAAAUCUCACUGAGAGAUGGAAAUUGGAUCUCAGUUCCACCUGAUCAGAAUUCCUUCUUCAUCAAUGUUGGUGACUCCUUACAGGUUAUGACUAAUGGGAGGUUUAAAAGUGUGAGGCACAGAGUACUGGCAAACAGUUUGAAAUCUAGGGUUUCAAUGAUUUAUUUCGGAGGACCACCUUUGAGUGAGAAGAUAGCUCCAUUGCCCUCACUCAUGGAAGGAGAGGACAGCUUGUACAAAGAGUUUACAUGGUUUGAGUACAAAAAAUCUGCAUACAAGUCUAAGCUGGCUGAUAAUAGACUGGGACUGUUUGAAAAAGUUGCAGCCUCAUAAUGUUUCCCUACACCUUGUUAGGCAAAUGGGUUCGUCAAGACUCAAAAUCUAAAAGCUUUUGAAUUGUUGGUCAAACUCUUGUUUUUUUUUUUUUUUUUCUUUUUACUUACCCUUCUUUUCUCUCAAACCUUCUGUGAUUACUUUUGGUUUUAAUAAUACAAGUUCAUAAUUAUUGUCACAUGUAUUUACCUCGAUAAGUCAAC